UAUAAGGGUUUCCAAUUUCCAUAUCUUUGUCGAUAAAAUCCAAUGUAACAUCUUGCUUUUCUAAUCCCACCAAAAAAGAACAAUGUUCACCAAGAAUAAUGCAUACAAUUACCCAUACCUCUCCAAUCCUCGUACCUCCGCCGCCUCCCUUGUCGGCCUCAAUGGCAACGACGUCUUGCUCCACCACCACCACCACCACGACAUGCUCUUGGCCGCCAAUCAAGAGCUCUACGGCCUCAGCAGCGACCCCUUGGCCGCAGCCAAAGCCUGGAAGAAGGACCGCCACAGCAAAAUCGACACGGCCCAAGGGCCGAGGGAUCGGAGGGUUCGCCUCUCGAUCGGAGUGGCUAGAAAGUUCUUCGACCUUCAAGAAAAUCUAGGUUUCGACAAGCCGAGCAAAACCCUUGAUUGGCUCCUCACCAAGUCCAAGACUGCCAUCGAAGAUCUCGAGGAGACGAGGGAGAGAGCCGCCGCAGCAGCAGCCGCCGGCUCCUCCGAAUGCGAGGUUGAUUCCGGCGAGAAUUUGAAAGUGUCAUCAAACAAACUGAAAGCGGUUUCUUCGACCAGGGAGUCGAGGGACAAGGCGAGGGCGAGAGCGAGGGAGAGGACGAGGGAGAAGAUGUGCAUCAAGAAGCUAAACGAGACCAGAAACAUCAACAUUAAUGGGGACUUCAACUUCAUCAACAAGAUAGCUUCCACCAGCGGCGGCGGCGGCGGCAACAUCAAUCUCGGAUUCCAUUGCCACCCAACCUACGAAGUCGCAGCUGCAAAUCAUCACGACCUAAUUCAAGAAUCCAUUGUGAUCAAUAGGAAAGUGAAGAAUCCGAUGGGAUUUCAGCAGAAUUUGAUCAUCUCCAGCUCCAACUACGGCGUUCCUGCGCCUUACAAUGCCGCCGCCGCCGCUGAGAAUUGGGACAGCAUCUGUGCCAUUUUGGAUCAGCACAAGUUCAUCAAUAACAAUUUAAACAACUAGGAAAGAAAGAAGAAGAUAAUAUUGAGAAGCAACACUAGCAGUUGAGCUCAGGAUUGUUGAAGAUGUUUUCACCUUGUGGCUUGAGGCAUAUAUGUAAGUUUUUGCUACCUUAUUUUUCUUGAAUUUCUCCCAUUGAUGUAAUAUGGU